CGGCCCAGCACCGCGAGCGCGGGGGAUAUCCGAUAACCCCUCUCCCCUUCCUCACGCUCACUCCCCCAUGGCCCUCGCCACCGCCGCGGCCGCCGCGGCCAUCUCCAUCCACCCAUUCCUCAGCCGCCCGGCCAGCGUCCUCCGGUUCGGCCGCCGCGUCCCACCCCUCCUCCUCCUCCGCGCCUCCUCCUCCUCGGACUUCAACAUCACCUUCGCGGAGCCCGCGCCCGCCCCGUCCAAGGCCUCGCCCGGCGGCCCGUCCGCGCAGCCGCUGGUCCCGUGGAUUGCGCGCGGGGCCGACGGCAAGCCCUGCCUCCACACCUCGCCGCCGCCGGACGUCAUCCAGGCCGUCGCGGCCGCGGAGGCGGAGGCCAAGCGGGCCGCCAAGAGGGGCCAGAGGCAGGGCCCAGCCGAUGACGCCCCCGUCGCCAGCGUCAGGGUCAAGGAGAAGAAGGCCGCCCCGACCGCGCCGCCCAAGUUCUCCAAGGCGGCCAGGAGGUUCUACAACGAUAAUAUCAAGGAGCACGAGCCGCAGCGUCUCGCCAAGGUCCUCGCCGCCGCAGGAGUGGCCUCAAGAAGGACCAGCGAGGAGCUCAUUUUCCAAGGGAAGGUGACUGUCAAUGGUUCUGUCUGCACUGCUCCCCAGACCAAAGUCGACAUCUCAAAGGAUUCUAUCUACGUUAACGGGAAUCGCAUUUCCAAGAAGUUACCACCAAAGCUCUAUUUUGCUGUGAAUAAGCCAAAAGGGUAUAUUUGCUCAUCCGGUGAAGAGAAGUCUGUUAUCUCCUUACUGGAUGACUACUUGAAAGGCUGGAACAAACUUCAGCCAGGAGUACCAAAACCCCGCUUGUUUACUGUGGGUCGUCUUGAUGUUGCCACAACUGGUUUGAUAAUAGUUACAAAUGAUGGUAAUUUUGUCGUACUUGCUAGAGAAUAUUUAGGAAUCAGCAGUUUGGCCAUCCAAGGUGUAAAGUUAAUUGCUCUCCUUUCAGGUGAAUUUGCCCAGAAAGUCUCACACCCUUCGUCAAACAUAACAAAGGAAUAUGUAGUAACUAUAGAUGGAGCAGUGCACAAGAAACACCUUGUAGCUAUCAGCGGAGGAACAGUAAUUGAUGGCGUUAAGGUUGUACCUGAUUUAGUAGAGCCACUGGAUACACAAGCUGAUACAAAAAGGAUGCGACUUAAAAUAGUGGUUCAUGAAGGAAGAAACCAUGAAGUUCGUGAACUUGUGCAGAAUGCAGGACUAAAGGUCUACGCUUUGAAACGUGUUCGGAUAGGCCGGUUCCGCCUCCCAUCAGACCUGGGAAUUGGGAAGAUGGUUGAACUUAAAGAAGCUGACAUCAAGGCACUAGAUGGCAACAGCUAGUAGAGUGCACGUCUGAGUUCAUGGGCUCUGUUUCUGACAGCGGUGUGGGCGGAUGAAUAUAACAUAUACCUCGUCCGGCGUAAGGCAUGACUACUCCGCGCUUGAAAGGCCUGCGAUUAUGCCAUCAUAGAUGUGAAAUAGGGGCCUGACGGUCAGGUUCAACAGGCAUGCCUUUCAUUCGAAGAACACGGGGGCUGCUUCGCUGAAGAACACGGCAGUGUUUGCUGGAGUUUUGGGAUAUGUUCAGCUAGGCUAGCUAGCAGAGUUGUUGAUAGUGUAGGCUCUUAUGCGUAUCAACUGAUUUAUCUGUGAAAUGUAAAUGCUCUUAGUCGAGUGAUGAACUGGUCCAAACAGUUCCAACAGUUUUGCAACUUACCAGUUACCACUUGUA